UUAUUCUGUGUUAUUUCACCACCGCGAUGGCUUGUGUACAACAAGUUAAAACUUCACAGGACACUCAGCUGUUGCCUAAUCAGGUUCUCACAGAGCAGCAGUCCCUGGUUGUUAUAAAGAAGCUUCUGGCCAUCGCAGUGUCUGGCAUCACAUACCUGCGGGGCCUUUUUCCAGAGAAAGCAUUCGGGAGCAAAUAUGUUGAAGACCAGAAAGUUAUGAUACUUAGAGAGGAGCGCAGCUGUCCCGGGGCCACUCAGAUUGUUCAAUGGAUGCACGGAUGCUUUGAGGCAAUCCAGAAGAAGUUUUUGCGGACCAUCAUUUUGUCUAUCUACACUGAUCCAGAGAACCCUCAGAAAGUGACUGAGUAUUACCAGUUUAAGAUCCAGUACACAUCAAAAGGGGCCCAGAUGGACUUUGAAAGCAGCGACAGCAACAACAACGUGUCGCAAAUGUCAUUUGGAAACACUAAGAAGGCCAGUGUCCUGUUAGUGAGGAAGCUCUACACUCUGAUGCAGAAUCUGGGUCCUCUGCCAGACACCGUGUGCCUCAACAUGAAGCUGUCUUACUACGAAAACGUCACUCCUGAUAACUAUCAGCCGCCAGGCUUCAGGGAGGCUGACGGCAACACUCUAGAGUUUGAGAGGGAGCCGGUCAAACUCACCAUGGGUGAGGUGCUCACUCCCUUCCACAGCCUGAAGUUGGACAUGGGCACAGAGAGCCACAGACUGGAGCAGGUGGAGGAGACCGUUCAUGUGACGCGGAAGUGGGUUGUGAACGUGGAGGAGGAUAGCGCCCUGUCACAGGCUCAUGUGAUUGAAGACGUGAGGAAGCCUGACAGUGAGGACAUGGACUUGGACAACACGGAGAUCCAGAUGAGCUGUCAUGAGAAGAUCGAGAGCUAUGAGGAAGCUACAGAGAUGGACACUCUGGUUAAGAAGACCUCCGACACUGAAGUGGGACUGAAGAGGACCAGGAGCGGGCGGGUCAUCAGCUCCAUUACGGAGACAAACGUGACCGUGAACAACAAGCCAACAGCUAUGAAGGACAAAAUGGUCUCUCGCUAUGAAAUCCUCAACAGUCAGGAAACGCUGUCCACCUCCGAGCCCAAGCAGAAACGCAAAUUCAGCGAGCCCAAAGAACACUACUGACCUCAAAGCUCACCUCUGACAGCAG